AUGGGUCACGUCUUCCUGCGCAGCGUCCUCCUCCUGGCGCUUCCCUCCACACCGCUGCGGGCUUCUCGCGGGCUGGGCCUCGAGCCCCCCCCGUCCCCCAAGCGGCCCCGCGCCGAGCCCAUGGCGCCGGCCCGGCCCCGCAUCGGGACCCACAAUGGCACCUUCCACUGCGACGAGGCGCUGGCGUGCGCGCUGCUGAGGCUGCUGCCCGAGUACCGGGAGGCGGAGAUCCUGCGUACCCGCGACCCGGCGCUGCUGGCCACCUGCGACGUGGUGGUGGACGUGGGCGGCGAGUACGACCCGCAGAGGCACCGCUAUGACCAUCACCAGAGGUCCUUCACCGAGUCCAUGAGCUCCCUGCGGCCCGGGAAGCCGUGGCAGACGAAGCUGAGCAGCGCCGGACUGGUUUAUCUGCACUUUGGCCAGAGGCUCCUGGCCCAGCUGCUGGGCACCGGUAUAGAUGACCGAAUUGUGGAUAUUCUCUUUGACAAGAUGUAUGAAUAUUUUGUGGAGGAAGUAGAUGCGGUGGACAAUGGGAUCUCCCAGUGGGAGGGAGGAAAGCCUCGAUAUGCGCUGACCACCACCUUGAGUGCUCGAGUUGCCCGGCUUAACCCCACCUGGAACCAGCCAAAUCAGGACACAGAGGCCGGCUUUCAUCGUGCCAUGGAGCUAGUACGUGAGGAGUUUCUACAGAGACUGGAUUUCUAUAAGCUCAGCUGGCUGCCUGCUCGGGCCCUUGUGGAACAAGCCUUAACAAAUCGAUUCCAGGUGGACCCAAGUGGAGAAAUUAUAGAGCUGUCUCAAGGUGGCUGUCCCUGGAAGGACCAUUUGUUUGAUCUUGAACCUGGGCUUACCCCCUCAGUGCCCAUUGCAUUUGUGCUCUACACUGACCAGAAUGGACAAUGGCGUGUACAGUGUGUACCAAAAGAGCUUCACUCCUUUGAGAGCAGGCUGCCCCUGCCUGAGCAAUGGCAGGGCCUUCGGGAUGAGGCCCUGGACCAGAUUAGUGGGAUCCCUGGCUGCAUUUUUGUUCAUGCCAAUGGCUUCAUCGGUGGCCACCGCACCAGAGAAGGUGCCCUGAGUAUGGCCCGUGCCACUCUGGCCCAGCGCCUGACACCUCUGCCUUCUGAUGACUCUCAGUAAAAUUCUCAGCACAGUGAUUGUA